ACGCAUCCCACGCAAGAUGUCCAUCGACGAUGUUGACACACAUGUAGCAGCGUCCUCGCCGGCCCAGCGUUGGUGCGUAGGACUGCUCUUCCGAUCGAUCUGUCCAGCCAGCGGCCUUGGGUAGCUGAGUCCAUUCGCCUCAGACCCGAGGAAAGCCGGGGAGGCAACCUCAGCAUGCAGCCAUGUCGCAGCCUGCACCCAGCACGACCGCAUCGAACGCUGAGCUCCUCGCUGAGUCGGUCAUUUUUCCGCACAGCGGUCACAGAAGCCACAACAGGCUGUUAAAGGCGCCGAUGGAGGAGCUGCUCGCGUCCGUCUUUCCUUCUCUCCUCGCUGACGGUGGUGCCCCCGCCCUCACUGCCACCACAGCCGAGAGCCGACAUGGUGACAUGAAGAUGACCAAGGUGCCGCCGCACAUGCCCAACGAGCACCACCUCUCCCUCUACCGUGUCUGGGCAAAGGCAGGCUGGGGAGUAGUCAUCACAGGAAAUGUAGCCAUUGACCCUACGCACCUUGGCACGCCAUUCGACAUUGCCCUGCCGCCUCUGCUCGCCGGCGCGACGCUUGCGAUCCAGUCGCAGCGGCAGCACCAGCAGCAGCUCGACAGCAGCGGUCAGGGUGGUAGCAGGCGCGCGGCACGCAACGCCGUGUACAAGAUCUACCCGCAAGCAGACGCAAUCCUGCACGCUUUCAAACGCUACGCUCGAGCCGUCAAAGGUCUGCCGGACUCGGACGCUGACCCCGAGGACGACGACCUUGGUAGCGCUAACGCCGACACCGAUGCGAAGCGACCGCUUGCGAUCUGCCAGCUGGUGCACGCAGGCCGCCAGUCGCUGCGCGGGGCCGGCCGCUCGCUGCUGCGCUCUCCUUGGGCGCCGAGCAGCGUCCCCAUGCGGCCGUCGACUAAGGGCGCCUCGGCGGCGCUGUCGCUGCGCACGCCAGGCGCGCUGCUCGGCGCCGCGAUCGACUACCUCAUGUGGGACACGCCGCACGCGAUGACGCUCGACGACAUUGCGCAGCUCAAGGCGCAGUUCCUUGCCGCUGCGCUGCUGUGCCAGGCCACCGGCUUCGACGGCAUCGAGCUGCACGCAAGCCACGGGUAUAUGCUCGCGGCGUUCCUGAGCCCCAAGUCGAACACCCGCACGGACCGGUACGGCGGCAGCGCAGAGGGUCGCGCGAGGCUGCUGCUCGACUUGGCGCAAGAGGUCAAGCAGGUUUGCGGCGAAGGCUUUGCCAUCGGUAUCAAGCUUAAUUCGGCGGACUACGUGGCGGGUGGCUUGACAGAGGAUGACGCCUUGCAGAAUGUCCUCUGGCUCUCGCAAGCAGGCUGCGUAGACUUUAUUGAAAUCAGCGGCGGCAACUAUGAGAACCCAUCGUUCAUAUCCCCCGACGGCUUCAACCCGGAGCUGGAGAAACUACCCACAAGUCAGAAAGAUGGAAAGAACAAGUCUGCUGCCGACAAGAGUGGCAAUACUGACACCAAGCCGCGCCAGAGUGGUCAGACCAAGCAGCGCGAGGCGUUUUUCCAGUCCUUUGCGCAGCGAGCUCGCCGAGUGCUUGAAGAAAACCCUGCUUCGCCGCUUUCCGCGCCACCGCUCCUUUGCAUCACUGGCGGGUUGAAGACGCGCACAGGCAUGGCGUACGCCAUCCGUGCCGCGCGUGUCGACAUGGUCGGCAUCGGGCGCUACGCGUCCGUGCAUCCGGACCUGCCACGUAUCGUGACGGACGCAUCCAUCGCCGACGCCGACACUCUGUGCGCCGACCCGCAGGUGUACACCGUGCCCAACGUUCAGUACGCCGCACUCGUUCCGCUGCAGCUCGUUGGCGCCGGAUGGAGUACGCUGUGGCACAGCGCGCAGCUCCACUUUCUCGCGAAGCAGGGUAGGGCGAACGUCCAUGCUGGCGUAGCCGCUGUCCUGAUGACUGUCUUGGCGCCGUCUUUCUCUGUCGCCAAGUCCUCUCUGCAGCUUAUCGCUGUCAUCCUCGUUGCCUACUUGGCUUCACGCUGGAGCAGUCUCCUGUCACGCCUCAAUUAAUAAGACUCAUUGCGCCUAGAACGAUCUCCCAUACUUCCGAGUUAUUUUGAUACAACAAAAAGGCCCCUUGCAACGGGACCAUCAUCAAAAUUUCUGCUGAUGUAUCGCAUCUUACACGAUUACAACAAACUGGUAUAGAAAUGUAG